AUGUCGAUAUUCUCGGAUUUGUACAUUAAUUUCACACAAUUUCAACCACCAUUUCCUUGUAAUUCCUUUGCUGAAAAAUUCACACUAUGGAAACGUUUCUACGACGAAUACAAAGCUACGGAACAACAAAUCAUCCACACCGACCUCUUUAAUAUGCCAGCAAAAGAUCCCACGCCAACUAAAACACUCACCUAUACAACUACCCGAAGUGUAGCAAAAAUAAACGGCAAAAAUGAUAAAGUGUUUCAAAAUUUUAUAUUACAAAAUGAAACCCCUACUGAAACAAAAAACGACUCGGUUCAAAUACAACCAGCAGAAACAUCCAGCUGUAGCGAACAAAACAACCCUAACGCGUCGCUCAACACAACUUCGGCGAUGCCAAAGGUUCAGGAAACGAUUCGGGAAACGACGACGACACACAAUUGUCAAUUCGCGAAGUGCAACUACUAA